UUUUCUACCCUAAUCCUAAAAUAUUCCUCUCUCUCGACACAGACGCCCAUUUUCCCUUUCCUUCCCUACAAUCUCGCUUCUUCUGAUCCACCAUUUUCUCUCCCCGUUUCGUGCUCUUUACGGAUUUUUCUUUCACAUCACUUUCCAUGACUACUUUUUAGUUCCUGUUCUUGUACUGGACGUUUUUCGUAUUUUCGCCAUUCACGCGUUUGAUUUCUUCUCUUCUGUUAUAAUUAGGAAUCUUGUGUGUGGUUCUGAUCUACUCAGGAUUGACGAUUCGUUCUAAUUUGAAGAUACUAGAACACUGUAAUUUCUCUCCGAAGAUUCUGAUACUUGCUUGACUUGAUGUCAUCUGAUUUCAAGUUGGAAAUAGACGGUGAGGAACCACUUGUGAGCAUUAGAAAUGGAAACGUUGAGCAGAAUGAAAGAGGUGGUACAGUACACAAAAUUCUCAGCGGUAUUCGAAAUCAAGGAAGCAAGUCGAUCAGCAAUUUCUUAACAAACGCGCAGCGCAGGGCAUUGGGUGAUAGGUUUUUCAGAGGGAAUCAAGCUGCCAAGAAUAAUGGUUUGCUUGAUGGAGAUGAAACACGUGAACAUGGAUUAGGAAGGAAAACGGGUCCUCUUUUAUCCGGGACUGCGUAUUGCAUUUCUUCUUGCAGCAUGAUUAUACUGAAUAAAGUUGUUCUCUCCAGUUACAAUUUCAAUGCAGGAAUAUCAUUGAUGUUUUAUCAAAAUUUGAUUAGUUCUAUAGUUAUUGUUCUAUUGGGCCUCUGCAGAACAGUUUCACUCGAAAAGCUUAAUUGGAAGCUGAUUAGGCUGUGGAUUCCAGUCAACUUAAUCUUUAUUGGUAUGCUGGUGUCUGGCAUGUACAGUUUGAAAUACAUAAAUAUUGCGAUGGUGACAAUUUUGAAGAAUGUGACAAACAUAAUGACUGCAAUUGGAGAACUUUAUAUUUUCCGGAAACGGCAGAACCGAAAAGUCUGGACUGCUAUGUUUUUAAUGAUCAUCUCUGCUAUCAGCGGUGGUGUAACAGAUCUUACAUUUGAUACAUUAGGCUAUGGAUGGCAGAUCACGAACUGUGUUCUUACAGCAAGCUAUUCACUUACUUUGAGACGUAUCAUGGACGAAGCAAAGAAGUUGACAAGAUCUGGAUCUCUUAAUGAAGCUUCCAUGGUGUUGCUAAAUAAUUUAUUAUCUCUCCCAUUUGGUGUAGUUUUGAUUAUCUUAUUUGGCGAAUGGGCUUAUGUAAUGAAUGCGGAUGUCAUAAAAUUGCCAAUGUUUUGGGUUAUCGCCACUGCUAGCGGAUUACUUGGACUCGCUAUUAGUUUCACCUCUAUGUGGUUCUUACAUCAAACUGGCCCCACCACCUACAGUCUUGUAGGUUCCUUGAACAAGAUUCCAAUAUCAAUUGCUGGCAUUCUUUUGUUUAAAGUUCCAUUGAGUCCACCAAACCUCUUCAGUAUAUUAUUUGGUUUAUUUGCUGGGGUGUUCUUCGCCAGAGCCAAAAUGUCCUAACUUUUUUUGAGAGUAUAUAUAGAGAGAGAGAGAAAGCCAGACACGUAAUUUCCUUUUAAUUAAAGUAAAUUAGAAUUGUUGAAACGAAAAUAUGUAGAAGAGUUUUGAGUUUGGAAGUAAUUAUUAUUAUUAUUGCUAAAAAGGACAUAAAUUCGAAUGAGAUGUCUG